AUGAGUUGGACUAAAGUUUUCUGUCAAAUUUCUUUUGUUUUAUUUUUUGCGACGCUAAUUUCUGCAUUCCCACAAAAUCAUGAAAUCAAAAGUGAGGAUGAUUUAGUUGCAGAAGGUUCGAGUCAUCAUCAUCAUCACCAUAAAAUUUAUGUUAAGCAACCAGUUAAGAUAAUUCAUAAGCAUCAUUAUAAGAAGGUUCCAGUUUAUAAAAUUGUUAAAGUUCCAGUUAUUAAAGAAGUUAAAGUUCCAUAUGCUGUUAAAGUGCCAAUUAAAAUUCCAUAUCCAGUGAUUGUACAUGAGAAGCAUGAACAUAAAGAAUCAAGCGGAGAGCACGAGCAUCAUGAUGAUGGCCACGUAGAGCAUAAGAUUGAAAUAAUGGAAGGAUUUGGACAUUUUGGAGAACAUGCAUUUCAACAUCAAGAUUUUGGACAUUUUGAGCAUUACAAUUUUGGACAUGAUAGUCACCAGAACUUGAAUUUUGGAGAUUUCCAUAACUUAGGUGCGCAUCAUCAUAUUCAUCAUAUUGGAGCAGGACAUCAUCAGAAUUUUGAAGGAAACCAUUAUGAAGCAGAGCAUGACAAUUCAGAAGGGGGCCAUCAUGAAGCAGAGCAUCACAAUUUAGAAGGUGACCAUCAUGAAGCAGAGCAUCACAAUUUAAAAGGAGGCCAUCAUGAAGCAGAAGAAGCAGAACACCACGAAAUUGGACAACUUCAUCACAAAGAACACGAUGAAGUUCACGAAAAUCAAGAUGAAGGGAUGUAUCAUGAAAUAUCCGAGCAUCACGAAGAAGAAGGGCACCAUAAAUUAGAAGAACAUGAUCUGAGUGGACAUCACGAAUUUGGGGGUCAUCAUGAAUUAGGAGAGCAUAUUGAAUUGCAAGAACAGCACGAUAUAGGAGCACAUCAUGAAUCAGGGGGGCAUCAUGAAGUUACAAAGCAUCAACAUAAAGAACAUGAGCAUAACAAACAUUAA